AACAAAAACGUAAGAGCAAGGGGGGUGCGGAGAAAUUGCGGGCCAAAAAUAAUCUAGAGGUUGAUGCCUCAACAUGUUCAAAAAUAACCGACGUGUUUAGUGCUGUAGCUUCAGUUUCCAAAACUACUACAGAACCUGACGACAUGUUGUAGAAACAGCAGGUGAACACAGCACAUGGAGGACGAGAGGUGACUAGCCACAGCGAGAGCGGUGCUUGCGGCUCGCAGUAGGGUUGCCAACUCUCCCACCCCCAAAUCAGGGACACUUUCGCGGGCUGACGGGGGGGUGCUAGCAGUCGGCGGCCGGGCUUGCACAACCUCACAUGCUCCGCUCUGACCACCCGCGCGCACACUGCUCUGAUGCGCCACAACUUCACAACAACCGGGAGUUUUUCGCGCGUCAUUGACUUAGCAGGCUGUGAUUGGAAAUCGGUACUGGAGCUGUCCCGGCCGGGACAAAUCAAAAUUGCCCAUAAUUCUGGAUGUCCCGGGUAAUACGGGACGGUUGGCAAACCUAGCUCGCAGGCAGCAGAGGAGAAGGUGCAGCAGGUGACAGUGUGACAGUGAAGUCCAGGAGGGGCAGAGUGAGCAGGAGAGUGUCAUUGAAACGGUGACACGUGUCUUUGUUAGUGGAUUAGGCAUUAACAUGGUGUCCACGCCGACCAGCAGGGACACACUGGCGAGGAAUGUGCCUUUGAUACGCCUGGAGAAUGAUGCCGACCUCAGGGACAUCUAUACAUUUGGAAGGCAUUUGGGUCAAGGUAGCUUUGGAGUGGUUUAUGAAGCCACCCAUAUUGAGACACAGACAAAAUGGGCUAUUAAGGAGGUUUGCAGACCAGCGGCAGGAAGUCGGAGAGCCAAGAUGCUGAGCCAUGAAAUAAACAUUCUCAAGCAAGUGGAUCAUGCUCAUAUAAUACAUCUCCAGGAAGUGUACCACACGGCCCAGAUGACUUAUUUGGUUAUUGACCUCUGCGAAGGAGGUGAUCUUAAGCAGCUGUUACAACGGAAAAAGUACUUUACAGAGGACGAGACUAGACACAUCAUCUGUAGCUUAGCUGACGCCGUUGUCUACCUCCACAAAAGAGAUAUUGUGCAUCGGGACUUGAAACUUGAGAACAUUCUUGUGAUGAAUGAUCUUGAUGAGGAGGAGGAAGGCAGGAUUAAUAUCAAGGUGACAGACUUUGGAUUAUCGGUGAAGACAAACGGUGUCGGGAUUGAGAACAUAAUGACGGAGGCCUGUGGGACUCUUAUCUAUAUGGCACCUGAAGUGAUGAGUGAUCGUGGCUACAGCCAGUGGUGUGAUGUGUGGAGCAUAGGUGUCGUUAUGUACAUUUUGCUGUGUGGGGAGCCUCCGUUUUUGUCCAAAACAAGAACAAACCUACUUAAGGAGAUUAUGGACAAAGAAAUCACAUUUCAUCAACCCAUCUGGGGCACAGUCAGUGACGCAGCAAAAAAUCUUUUGACUUGCCUUCUGAAGGCGGACCCUGCCUACCGCAUGUCGGCUAAUCAGCUGUUAGAAAACCCCUGGAUUACAGGUGACACUAAUGUGCCUGCUAUGCCGACCAAUGUGCUGGACUUGAUGCACGACCUCCCCGAACAGAGAGAGAGAAGACAGACUGUGGACGACUCGCCCCCCACCUCCUUUGAGGGCACACCAGACCCAUCCCUGGUCCCCAGCGUCGCCUCAACAGCAACAGACGGCAAAUGCUGGAGCCACACUGAGAGGGACGGCAGCGCCGGCACACCCUCCACAUCCAUCAAACCCUCUCCUGCUGGGAUGAAACCCUUCAGACACCUGAGUGCAAAGCAGCAAAGACCUCAGGAUAUGAAGGACGUCAGUACAGGACAGAAACCAGCCUCCGAACUCAGUAGGGUGGACGACCAGAGACCUUGUACCUCCAGUAAUAGUAGGACUGCACCCCGCAAACUUUAAGACCAAUACCCCUUCAAGCAUUAUCACUUGGGGCAGAGAAAUACAGGAGUACACUCUAGUGAGCAGAGUUUUUCCCUCUUGAUUGAUUCACGUUCUUUCUCUUGGGUGAACUUGGAAGGGGAACCUGAUAUACACUUUUAUUUUAUAUAAUUCUGAAAUCUAGCAAUGGUGUUUGUGUAACUGCCCUGAAUGGUGUAACCUUUUUUGUGAUAACCAGCGACUAAGCAGUGACAGCAGUGUGAAAUGCGUGGGCCUCACAUGCAGGUGUGGAAGUGACCACCGAGGGUCUGCUCCUCCUCAGCGGUGCCUCGUGGCAAAGAGAAGGGCCCCAGUCUGAAAUGUGACCCAUAUGGGGCCAAAUUGCUGGAGAAAGGCCUACUGUUGCACAGUUCAAAUACAGACUCACUAAUCUUUAUUUUGUUGUGACCAGCAUUUUCAUGACUCUUAGAAAUCUGAUUGAAGGCCCUUAUUAUAAAGCAGCAUCCGUAAAGAGAGUUACCCAGGGGAUUGGAGCACAGCACCUUAAUACAACCGUUAUUUAAUAGUUAUUUGAGUUCCUACCUAGCAGCACAUCCAGUCAAUCAUCAUGACAUCCUUUAUUAUAUAUACGGUAAUGUAUGUCUUUUGCAUGUAGAAAUGCUAAAACACCUUCUGUUAAAAGUGAAAGAUGAUUCUUUACAUCGGGAAAUGUCUUUGUUAUUAGCUAGAGGUGCAGCCUCUAUCUGUUCAUGUAUUUUUAACGUUUGUAAAAAGAAAAUGUACAAAUUGAUUCCCUCAAAAUUAGCAGUAACAUGUGAUUACAACUGUGUGUGUGUGUCUAUAUACAUAAGACAAUGCACUUAGAAUGUGCCAAGUAUUACAAAACACAGAACUAUUGCACAAUUUUUAGUGUGUCAUAUUUCACUUUCAAUAACAUGAUUAAACAUUUCUCAUGGUUUCUCGAUUGUAAUGUUAAACAGUCACAAAGAGCACAGGAUGUUUUAUUGGAUAUUAUUUCAACAACCGAAGUGACCUCUCAAUUCCAAAACGCCAUAUACGCAGUGACUGUAUCCACUCAGUGUCAAAACAGAAAACCCGUCACACAGGCUGGCUUCGCUCCAUGUGAAUGCAGAGGAUUGGGACUGAGAGCAGCCGCGGGUCUAAUCUCGUUUGGAGGCCAUUGAAAGUAGUAGGAGCUACUUUGAGGGCACUGCCAUUCAAGCACAGGUUUUUUCCGCUGUAGAGAGAAUAAUCCCCAGCAUAGAUACAACAUUAAAGUAGUCAAGCAUAACACACAAAGGCUGAAUUUCAAAUCCACCCAUUUGCAUCUUGAAGUGAAUGAGGGCCAACAAUGGAGCUUCUGUGCGCAUGCACAGGCUGUGUCCAGUAGGGGGUCAAUGUAGUGUGCAGUUGUGAAAAUUUAGAUUGUAGAUUUCUACAUUGCAGGUGAUUUGAGGUGAUAAAAGUUCCAAAUUCUUUCCAGGUAGACGAACUAAUCUUGAAUGAUAGUCAGUAACAUUGUAAGUAGAUAUGCAAAACACACUGUCUCUUGUAGGAUUUGUUUAGAAUAAAAAAAGACUAUGGGAAUGAACAAUUUAAUUAUCUGUGAUUCAAGCUGCUUGCCAAAGGACUGCAAUACUUUUCAAUGUUAUGGACAUACUAUCUGCCUGUGUUUUACCCAGACGGGUUUAAACAGCAGAUGGAGCUGUAGUAAGUGUCUGAAUUCAUUUCCUGCAGUUAAUCUGACAGGAGACUGGUAUCCCUAAAGCUUACUACCUGGUUUUGUGCAUGAAGAAUAGUAAUUAGAAAUGAUUGCACGAAACACUGCCCGUUAACACUGUGAUGUAAAUGUAACUUGUCGCUAAUGAAUAUAUUGUAUGGUAAUGUCUUAUUGGUCAAUUUGAAUGAAAUAAAAUAAGAACUGCU